GUGAGUCCGCCGGGCAGUGAGGUGGAGCUGAGCCGCCAUUUUCCUUUCCUAUCCCCGUCCUGUGUCACCUGUACGGCGGUUGCCAGGGCCGGGAAUAGCGGCGGGUUGGGAUCCGUUCUUCCUCCUCCAUGCUCGGGUGUGCGGCUGGUCUGAUCACACCUGAUCCCCUCCAGGCCUGAUCCUCUCUCUCUGUGUGUCCCUUCCCGGAGCCGCCAUGUCCGGACAGAGCAUCACCGACCGCAUCACGGCGGCUCAGCACAGUGUCACCGGGUCCGCCGUCUCCAAAACCGUCUGCAAGGCCACCACCCACGAGGUCAUGGGCCCCAAGAAGAAGCACCUGGACUAUUUGAUCCAGUGCACAAAUGAGAUGAAUGUAAACAUCCCACAACUGGCAGACACCUUAUUUGAACGAACGACCAACAGCAGCUGGGUGGUGGUCUUCAAGUCUUUGAUUACAACUCACCACCUCAUGGUGUAUGGCAAUGAGCGCUUUAUACAGUAUCUGGCAUCCCGGAACACUUUAUUCAAUCUGAGCAAUUUUUUGGACAAGAGUGGACUUCAAGGUUAUGACAUGUCCACCUUUAUAAGACGCUAUAGCCGGUACCUGAACGAGAAGGCAGUUUCUUACAGACAAGUUGCUUUCGACUUCACCAAAGUAAAGCGUGGGGCUGAUGGCGUCAUGAGGACAAUGAACACAGAAAAGUUGCUAAAGACAAUGCCCAUUAUACAGAACCAAAUGGAUGCCCUGCUUGAUUUCAAUGUAAAUGCCAACGAACUGACAAAUGGAGUCAUUAAUGCUGCUUUCAUGCUGCUCUUCAAGGAUGCCAUCAGAUUGUUCGCUGCAUACAAUGAAGGGAUAAUUAAUCUGUUAGAAAAAUAUUUUGACAUGAAGAAGAACCAGUGUAAAGACGGGUUGGAUAUUUACAAGAAGUUCCUCACCAGAAUGACACGGAUUUCUGAGUUUUUAAAAGUUGCAGAGCAAGUGGGAAUUGACAGAGGAGACAUUCCCGAUCUAUCUCAGGCUCCAAGCAGUCUGCUCGAUGCCCUGGAACAACAUUUAGCCUCUCUGGAAGGGAAGAAAAUUAAAGACUCAACAGCGGCGAGCAGGGCUACCACACUUUCCAAUGCAGUCUCCUCACUUGCAAGUACAGGCCUCUCCCUCACCAGAGUGGAUGAAAGGGAAAAGCAAGCAGCACUGGAGGAAGAACAGGCUCGAUUAAAAGCUUUAAAGGAACAGCGUCUCAAGGAGCUCGCCAAAAAGCCUCAAAACGCCUCUACGACUGCCUCCUCCCCCGUGUCAUCCUCAGCAGGCAGUAUAAACACAACUGCUGCCAUUGACCUGUUUUCAACACCGGGUUCAUUAAACAGCACUUCCAAGCUGCCAAAUGACUUGCUUGACAUGCAGCCAAGUUUCCAGCCAGCUGUGCAUCCGCUGAGCGCCGUGCCACAAGUAGCGAGUACAUGGGGAGAUCCAUUCUCUUCUGAAGCUGGUGAUGAGACCAUCUCAAACCUUAAUCCUUUCCUCAGUAAACCUAGUGAUGGUGCCCACCUACCUGGUAUAAGCACUGACACUGCCAGCUUCACAGCUAAGACUCCCAACCAUGACAUAUUUAUUGAUUCUUUCUGCGGGCCUCAAGUCUAUCCCAACGCUUCCCACUUCCACACUGAAUCCUCGGUAGCUGGCCUAUAUGGAGGGUUCACCCCAUCACUAGCUGUCCAACCACAGACCUCUGGUGGCCUUAAUGUUGACUUUGAUUCUGUUUUCGGCAACAAGUCUCCCUCUAACAUUAAUGUAGACUCCACGGGUUUUGACGACAUGGGUGGACUCCUCAAGCCAACAGUAUCUUCCCAAAACGCAAAUGCUCCCUGCUCCAAAAACGCACCAGGCAAGCUGGUGUCUGACGACUUGGACUCCUCACUGGCCAACUUAGUGGGCAAUCUGGGCAUCGGGAACGGAACAACAAAAAAUGAUGUUCAUUGGAUUCAGCCAGGAGAAAAGAAACUAACAGGAGGGACUAAUUGGCAGCCAAAACUGGCCCCCACCACCACCUGGAACCCAGCCACCUUGAAUGGCAUGCAUUUUCAACCCUACGCACCGCCAAUCAUGGCCUAUCCAGCCACAACGCCUACAGGAAUAUCUGCAUUUGGAAUGCCUCCUCAGAUGGGAUCUGUACCAGUAAUACAACAACAAGCAUUAAUAUACAACCAACCUGUAAUGAGACCACCUAAUCCUUUUGGCCCUGUAUCAGGAGCACAGAUGCAGUUCAUGUAAUCGGCUGGAUGGGAGCUCCCUUUUAGAAGAGGCUACAUAACAAAUCCCUACUUCCAGUCAAAAUUCAAAGCUGCUGAUGAGCUCUACACUUCCACACAAAACGGUACCAAGACGAGCUGUUGGGGCCGCCAGCAAUACGGAAGCUCUCCCUAAGAAGCCAAGGGUGGGGGUGGGGGGGUGAUGACACAGCAGUCCCCCCCUCCUCAUCCAGUAGCGUGCUGCGGACAGUAGAUUGCAGAGAGAGGCCUGUAUUUGGCUCUGCUGUGUGAAGUGAGGGGGUACGCACAUUUAUUUCCAGUGGGCAGUACAGGGGGGGGGGGGAGACCACCAAACACUUCUCAUCAACCACGCCAUCACGUCCUCUCCUCCAGAUUUUACUCACCUAGGCCGUAAUUGAGGGUAACACUUUCUUCCCCAUCUCCCACCUCCACACUUUGAAAUAUAUAAAUAUAUAUAUAUAUUCAGUUUGCAGUAGACAUUCCUUAUGUAUUAUUUGUAUUUAUUUAUGAUUAUCAGUUUAACAAUUAAUGUAUCAAACACCUUUUAUGAAACAUGUAUGGAUGUAUACAGUUUUUAUUUUUUUUUUCUUUCAUUUAUUUUUUUUAAUUCUGAAAAUGAUUCCAUACCAAGCACUAAAUAUUUUAAGUCUGUAUACUGCUAACAGGGAGGGGUCGGGUUUAUUUCCAUAGUCCCACAUCUUACGGAGAGUUUUUUUUUUUUUAAGAUGGAUAUUUAAGAGAUGAAUUGUACGCUGCUUUAUUUCCGAUAGAUAUGUGCCUAGGAAUCUGCAAGGGGGGGUGGGGGUGUCUGAUUAGGACGAUCACUACAUUUUAAAUCGUGUCUUCGGGAAUCAAUCUUAUUGCUUUGUGCUUGGCAGAAUAUUAUUUUACAUUGACAUGUUAAUGCCUUUUUUUUUUUUUUUUUAAGAAAAUA